UUUCUGUCUCUGUUCCGCAAACGAUUGCUGGAAUUAGUUGAUUGCGAUAGUACUAUAAAUUCCAUGCCCAAGGCUCAAUGGCCAAUGGCUUAUCUUCCGUCCGUGUAGAUUGUCAAAUUGAAUGAAUGUUGCUGUGUUUGUCAAAAGCAGUGGUUUAUGUGGGGCGUGUGUUUGUAAUUUUUUAAAUAAAACGAUAAUUGUGUAGUUUUUUGACUAUUCAUAUUAUUUAUAGAGUUAUUGUUAAUCACUUGUCAUUGCCAAAUUUUAUAAAAAAUUGUGGCUGCGUUGGAUUAAAUAGUUAUUCGGCACAAGUCUCAAGGAUGCUAAGGGGAAGAGUGAAACAUUUACUGCACUGCACCUUUUUCAUAUCAUUUAUAUUCCUUUUUCUUGUAUUUGCUGGAGCAAUAAAUUUAGAUGAUAAAGAAAAAGAAACAAUUGAUCCCUGGGAGAGAUAUGGAAUAUAUGGCACAAUAAUUUUAUAUGUAUUAAGACUAUUUACUCUACUAACAAUACCUCAAGUCCUGUGCAAUUUUUCAGGAUUAACAUUAUUCAAUGCCUUCCCAGGAAAUGUGAAACUAAAGGGUUCACCUUUGCUAGCACCUUUUAUAUGUAUCAGAAUUGUGACUAGAGGGGACUUUCCAAAAUUAGUAAGAGAUAAUGUAACCAGAAACAUGAACACAUGUAUUGAUGUGGGAAUGGAAAAUUUUAUGAUUGAAGUUGUGACUGACAAAGCAAUUAAUUUACCAAAGCACAGGAGAGUAAGAGAAGUGGUUGUGCCAGCUGAAUAUAAGACUAAAUCAGGUGCUUUAUUUAAAUCAAGAGCAUUGCAGUAUUGCCUGGAGGAUAGUGUCAAUAUCCUUGCUGAAAAUGAUUGGAUUGUGCAUUUAGACGAAGAAACAUUGCUCACUGAUAACUGUGUGAAGGGUAUACUAAACUUUGUGUUGGAUGGCCAGCAUCAGUUUGGUCAGGGACUUAUCACAUAUGCCAAUGAACAUAUUGUUAAUUGGCUUACAACACUAGCUGACAGCUUUCGAGUUGCAGAUGAUAUGGGAAAACUGAGACUGCAAUUUUAUUUGUUUCAUAAACCACUAUUCAGUUGGAAAGGAUCCUAUGUUGUGACACAAGUUAGUGCAGAAAAAAAGGUGUCCUUUGAUAAUGGCCUGGAUGGAUCAGUUGCAGAGGACUGUUAUUUUGCAAUGAAAGCCUAUAAAGAAGGAUACUCUUUUAACUUUGUGGAAGGAGAGAUGUGGGAAAAAUCACCAUUCUCACUUUGGGAUUUUAUGCAACAAAGGAAAAGAUGGAUCCAAGGAAUACUUUUAGUGGUUCAUUCAAAAGAAAUACCAUUGUUACACAAGAUCUUCCUAGCAGUAUCAUGUUACUCGUGGGUGACACUGCCAUUAUCCACAAGCAAUGUUUUCUUAGCUGCUGUGUGUCCCAUACCGUGUCCACAGUCUUUAGACAUAAUUUGUGGAUUUAUUGGUGCUGUCAAUAUUUACAUGUACAUCUUUGGUGUCAUGAAAUCAUUCCCUAUUCAUAGAUUUGGUCCAGUAAAAUUCUUUUUACUUAUUGGUGGGGCUUUGGCUACCAUUCCAAUUAAUAUAAUUAUUGAAAAUAUUGCUGUGAUUUGGGGAGUGUUGGGGAAAAAGCACAAAUUUUAUAUAGUAAACAAGGAAAUCAAAAUACCAGUGACUGUAUGAUUACUCACUACAUUAUUCCAUAUUAUUUAAAAGUUUCACUGAUGUAUAAUGGUAAGUGCACAAUAUACUUAAAGGACUAAUCUUGCACUUGAAAGUGUGAUUCAUUCAACACAACAGUGAAUCAUGUUGUGAUUGUUUUCACAAAGGUAAAAUGGUACCAAAAUGUUAUCAGUGUGUAUGUUUGUUACCAAAAUAUCGGAAUUUGAAAUGUUUUGAUUAUUUUCAAUCAAAACUUGUUCAUUAUAAUAUAGUAAGCACAAUAUUGAUAGUUAAAUGUAAAAGUAAACAAUGAUAGCUUUGCUUUUAUAUCUAUUGUCUACAGAUAUUUUAUUUUUGGAUACCUUGUUAUUUCAUACUGAACAAUUAUUAUAUUUUAUUUGUAUUAAAAUAUUGUACAUGUCUACAAUAAGUCACAUUAUAAAUGAUUAUCAAAGGAUUUUGUUUGGUUUGCGCUUUGCAAGAAUGCGGAAUAUUGUUGUGUUACUGUUGCUGUGGUACUUAUUAAAUUAUUUUGCAUUUUUGUAUAAUUAUAAACAGCAGAUAGAUAGGUGUAUAAAACAUUCAGUAUUCAGUAAGUAGUUAAUAACUUCCUAUCUAAAAUAUUUAAGUGACUGCUUUGGAUUGUUUUGUUGUACCUAUUGCUUAAGUGCUUGUUUUAUCAGUAUGCCCUCCAUAAUAUUACUUCAAACUAUACAGAUAAAACAUUCUUGUUUACAAUCGAUUACAAAAUGAUAUUUUAUGGCGAGAUUCCACCAAAAUUUUUAUGUCGGCGCGAGCACAUUGCUGGCGAAUGUAUGCGCCUACAGCUUACGCGGACAUUUUAAUAAUAUUCGCACGCAAUUUGUUACUGUCUGCUAGAGCGAGUAGACCAGAAAAAAUAUUUCUGUGCGUCACAAUGCCAUACACCAGUGGAAUCUCGCCUUGAGAACUACUAAUCUUUUCUGAAGCUUCGUUCACACGAUCGGUUUUAAACUGUUCGCUGUGAUAACGCGGUGUAACACUCGAAUAUCACGGUUUGGGUAGAAUCUAAAUAUUUCAGUUUGGAUGUGUGCGCCUGCCUUAUAAACAAUUAGUUGCUCUGUAAAUUGUAUUUUUUUUAUUAAUGCAUGUCGAGUUUGUGUGUAUUAUGAGCAGCGUUUUUGAAUGUUGUAACUGUAAGCGAGGCUUUACGAGAAAUUGAAUUUUACAUAUGUUAGCAGCUAAUAUAUCAUUAUGUGAUAUUAAAUUCCUUACAGUAAAUUCUAUUCUUACAGGCGUUAGUUGUUUAAAUUACUUGUUUAGUUAAAAUGUUUGGAAAUUACGUCCCUAGAUUUAGUUAUCUGUGAGCCUUAUUAUAAACAGUGGUUUUAUACAUAUUGUAUAGAAUUUCUUGUUCAAAAUUUAUGUUCCGAUUGAAACUAUUAUAACUAGGUGUACUUAACCGACAUUACUCACGUAGUUUAAUAGACAUAUUAUAAUUUAUAGGGCCAGUCCUUGAUCUUGUUGCAUUUUUUGCAGUUAAUUCACAUAACACUGAUUAAAACUUAAGUUUUUCUUUUCAAAAUUAUAUGUAUCUUUUUAUGAAAGACUGAUUUCCAAGUCUAUGUAAUAACUGUUUCUUUUGAGAACUUUUAUAGAAAGAUGUUUCAUUUUCUUGAUGUUAAAAAUGUAUGUUUCUAGAAAAGUUAAUUUCUCAAGUACCUAAAUAUUAAUUAAAUUAUAAAUAACAAUAAUAGGUUACACAGUAUUCAGUCCAAUAAAUCUUAAGUUAUGUGUCACUAAAAUUUGUAAUGAUUAUAAUUGCUUAAAACCACAUCUGACUAGUCAUGUAAAUAUUUAUGAAUUAAUAGCUAGUUGUAAUGUGUUGUAGUGUAGAUGAUUAAGUAAUUAACAGUGUUAAUUGGGGUCUGGAUCUACUUAGUUUCUUAUAGGACAAAGGUCAGGUUAAACAAUGUUCAACCUUUUGUGAUGACCAAAGUAUUCAAUUACACUUUAAACCGUCGUUAAUUAUCCUAUUAGUUCAGGGCAAAAGACAUUAUCUAUGUGCCGUGAUGGCCAUGUUAAUACUUGAGUCAAUUGUUAUUUAAUUUAGAUAUUAUAUUGGCGAUUUAAAAUUGUUAUAUUAUCUAGCCGAGUUGAAGCGAUCCAUUGAUCUUACGUUUAAAAAGUCACAAGUGAUUAUGUCCUAAUUUACUUCUGUAUCCGUGUAUUACUAGUGUGAAAUGUUUUUUAUGUUGUCUGUUUGAUUGGCUGUUGAAUGAUGUAUGUUUAAAAACCAAAAGCAAAUUGAUUUUUUUAGGCUAAAUCCCACUUUGUACAUAAAAACACUUAGUAUCUAGAUACGUAAAAUAAAUUCAAGCAUGCAGAUGUUUUGUAAUUCA